ACCCUGCUUUGACUCCCCGAUAUCAGCCCCAACCCCAACUCCAACGUUAAGCUUACACCCCCUGCUCUUUCUCGACGCACAAGCUUCCGCCGUAGGAUGGCCCACGCGCUCCGUCGCUGCAUCUGUGGACCGGUCGUUGUCUGCGGCAGUGCUACCAAUCACUUGCUUUUCGCCGGCCACGGCCUCAGAUACCGGAAUCGUAAGCUUGAGGUCAUCCUCACCACGACGAUCGACAAGCUGGGGAAGGCUGGAGAGACGGUGAAGGUGGCGCCUGGGCAUUUCCGCAACCAUCUGAUGCCCAAAAUGCUGGCAGUCCCCGACAUACCUAAAUUUGCGUUUCUGAUUAGGGAACAGCGCAAGCUUUACAAACGUGAAGAGGAAGAACCAGUAAAAGAGGUGCCUAAAGAAAAAGAAGACACUAGCCAGGAGAGCAAAAUGAAAGAGUAUGAAAUGGCUGCAAAACGUCUUAAUAAUGCUCAACUAAGCUUGAGGCGGCACAUCAAGGUUGACAGCGAACUUCGGGAACCUGUGACAAAGAAAGAGCUUGUGGCUGAGGUGGCUCGGCAGCUUUGUGUAAACAUCCAUCCUGAUAAUAUUCACUUACCAUCACCCCUUUCAUCACUGGGUGAGUACGAGGUUGUUCUUAGGCUACCACAGGAGAUUCCUCGGCCAGAGGGAUUGUUACAAUGGACUCUAAAUGUCAAGGUUAGAAGAAAGUGAAUGAGCUGAAGACUGCAACUUCGAUGAUCUUUCCAGAUCAGGGAGUGAUUACAGGUGUCUUCCAGCUCAGCAAAGCCAAAUAUAUUUUUUGUUUGAUUAGUUCUUUUCAGCUGGUUUGUUGGCGUUCUGGUAAGUUCAGAAUUUUCUUUCGUACUGAUAUUGUCGUAGUUUCUUUCUUGUUCAAUUAAAUUUAUCAAUUUGUUCAACAAAGUACAGCUUUUUUUUUUUAAGGUUGAAGUUUCAACUGUUUUCCAUUC